ACAGAUAGCGCUGGAGUGAGAGGCAGCCAGAAGAACACAGACACAAACACUAUGGGAUAUUCGCCUUCCUUCAGAUGCAUUGCAAUUCUUCUGAUUGCACUGCACCAGACCUCUGGAUUCUGGUUAUUUAACGUUAUCUUCCCUCCGACAGCCAAACCACGCGUCAUAAACAAUAGCACUCCUCCUCUUAUCAUAGUACCUGGAAAUUUGGGUAAUCGCCUGGAGGCCAAAAUAGACAAGCCCACACUAGUGCACUGGAUGUGUUACAAGAAAACUGAGGACUGGUUUCCUCUCUGGAUGGACCUGAACAUGUUCAUGCCCAUUGGAAUUGAUUGCUGGAUUGAUAAUAUAAGAAUUGUGUACAACAGGACAAGUCGCAAGACAUCGAACGCACCCGGGGUGGAGGUCAGGGUCCCUGGAUUUGGACAGACGCACCCUAUAGAGUUUCUUGACAUAAACAAGCUGACUGGUUACUUUCAUACCAUGGUUCAACAGUUGGUCAGCUUUGGAUAUGUGCGAAAUGAGACUGUCCGUGGUGCUCCGUAUGACUGGAGAAUCGCUCCAAAUGAGCAGGAGGAGUAUUUUUCACGUCUGAAAAGCUUGGUGGAAGAGAUGCAUGAUGAGUACAAGCAACCAGUCUACCUUCUGGGCCAUAGCAUGGGCAACAACUACAUCCUGUACUUCCUCAACCAGCAGACUCAGGACUGGAAAGACCAUUACAUCAAGGGCUUCAUCUCUCUGGGAGCACCUUGGGCAGGCGCUGUGAAGCCCCUCAGAGUCUUAGCAUCAGGUGAAAAUGAUGGCAUACCCUUCGUGUCCAAUAUAAAAAUCCGCGAAGAACAACGGAUGACGACCACAAACCCGUGGAUGAUCCCUUCUGAAGAGGUGUGGCCCAAAGACCACACCUUCAUCUCCACCCCCUUUUUCAACUACACCAAUCAGGACUACCAGAAGUUUUUUAAAGACAUCGACUUUGAGGACGGCUGGUACAUGUGGGAGGACACCAGAAACCUCACAGCCGGCCUGCCCACACCUGGAGUUGAGGUCUACUGCUUCUACGGGGUGGGACUCCCUACUCCCGUGACCUACGUGUACGACGAGCUGUUUCCAAACGCCGACCCCGUAGAUAUCCUUUACGAUGACGGCGAUGACACCAUCGACAGCCGCAGCAUGAGUCUCUGUAAGCGGUGGAUAGGGAAGCAGGAACAGGCCGUGCAUGUGACAGAGUUCAGAGGCAUGGCUCAUUUGGACAUGGUCUUUAAUCACAAGGUGCUGACGGCAAUCCAGAGAAUUCUGGAGGGAAAGUACCAUGAGGAAAAGCAUGUCAGCUUUGAACAACCUCCAUCUCUUAGCCUUAGUUUUGUGUGACAUAUUCACAACUGCAUUAUAAGUGCACUGCAACACUGUGUAUAAAGGUAUUGCUGGGUUCACACCAUGUUGUAAUUACCGUAAUCACGAGAUGGCAACCCAAGGAUGUGUUUUUUUAUGAGUCGGAAUCUCAUAAUUACAGUAAUUCCGACAUGGCGUGAAUGUCUUAAUGAUCUAUUUGUAUUGGUUUAUAAUAUAUUAAUAGGCAUGAUAUAGUCGUAUUUUUUCUUUGUUACAGUCUAGAACUGUAUUUGUAUUAUACAGAAUUUAUCAAAUGUUUUUAAUCUGUACAUUAAAGAUUGCAGACACCAUAGCUCUUAAAGUGUAAAAUGUACUGGAUGUUUAUGUUUUAUAGCA